UGUGAACUCUGCGUCAAGCAGUGACAAUACUUUCCGAUGCUUGAUAGUUUCUUGCUGAUGCCGGUGCCAAUUUAACUGGGAAACGUGGGAGGAAAUAUUGUUUACCUUACAUUCAAGAUUGCCGGGAUAUGACAUCGCCAGCUCUGACGUCAUGCAGGGGCCGGUUUCCAUCUGUCAGCACCACAGAAGCUCCGACUUAGCAGCCCUUAUCACGUUGGUUUUCUUCGUACUACUAACGAUCACACUCAGCGCAAGACAUCUUGGCUACGAUCCUCGCGCACUCCUCUCCGGGGCUUCUGGUGGUUCACAACAGCAAUGCUUGGGUGAGCAAGAUCAGCGAAAAGGCAUCGAGCGACAUGUCAACCUGAACGAUUCCACGAAAAACGUAUUCUUCCUCGAGACCGCCGGUGCAUCGUGCAUCGACGAACGGGCGGCGUGCUCCAUCGAAUCCGCAGCUCUUCGGCAUCCCUACUACACCGUCUGGCUCCUCACCAUACUGGACAUGCGGGAUUGUAGGCCUCUGAGGAACUUGCAACAGCUGCCAAACUUCCAACUGCUAAAGAUCGACCUGAACUCAAUGGUCAAGGACAGCGUCCUUGUGCACUGGUAUAUAAAGGAUGACUGGAACCACAGUCCAUUUCGGGUCAACCACCUGAGCGAUGCCUUGAGAUUGCUCGUACUGUGGAAAUAUGGGGGCGUCUAUGCUGACAUGGAUGUUCUAACCCUCAAGAACUUCGAUGAACUGAGAAAUGUCGUCUCCCGAGAGCUCUUUCCUGAUGUUGGCAACAGCGUGUUGGUCUUCGACAGGGGUCAUCCCUUUCUCCUGCGCUGUCUCGAAGAAUUCAGUAGGACGUAUAAGUCUCACAAGUGGGCCCACAACGGACCCCGGCUCCUCGAGCGCGUGCUGUCCUGGUUCUGCCCAAGGAACCUUCUGGGCAAGGUGCCCCUCGUCGAGUGCUCCGGGAUCACUGUGCUACCGGGCACCGCCUUCUACCCCAUCAACUACUUGGAGUGGCAGAAAGCAUUCCAAAGAAAUCACACGGCGUCGGUGCUGCGGGCCGCGACCGACAGCUACGCCAUACACCUGUGGAACUCUUACAGUCGAACAACUGCAGUUGAGCGCGGCUCCGCUUAUGACCUGCUCCGAAAAAAGUUGUGUCCGAUAACGAGCAGGCUGACGAAGAAUAGCGGUCAUAAUAACAGUGUAGAACGAUGAAGAAGCAAGAGCUGCGAAGUGCCCAGCAGCAAGCUCAACAUAAAGGUUAGAAACGAAGUGUUUAAAAGAACUGUGUCUUUUGUUGACGACCCGCGUCAUUCUUGAAUCUCCAAUGUAUGAGUGGAGAUAGGCUGAACAAACAGCAGGAAGUCCUUCAGACAGGCUAGUGGACGUUGCAGGCGGUGCCGGUAGGGGUGGCACUUCCUGCAAUUGUGGCUCCUUGAAAGUUCCCUAUCAGACGUCAUAUAUCUGAUUGGCUGGACAGUUAUGUAGAGCGCAUUCAACUUCUUAACUGCUUUUUUGUUGUUGCAGCUUGCACCAGUGUUCAGUAGCCCUCAGCUGUGUGAAACUAAUGAAAUCGCAACUGCAACUCCUUCGGUAUCAUAAACAACUCAAUAGAACAAUACAAGUACGUUAACU